AGUAAUGCUUACAGCCGCCAUUCGGAAGGCAUCACAAACGACGUCGAAAGUAAAUAAAAUAAGUAUUUUUUGUGGAAUUUGAUGCGAUUUUCAAGCAAAUAAAGCGAGAUGGAUCUAUCAGGAGACUUGUCAAAACUCAAGGUGGUCGAGCUGAAGGCGGAACUGGCUGCCCGCGGCCUAGAUACGAAGGGAAUCAAGGCAAUGUUAGUGAGUAGGCUCGAAGCAGCAUUGGCGGCAGAGAAGAGUGGAGUACCAAUAACAUCUGUUGCCUCAGAUGCCCCCACGGAAGCUACGGAAUGCGACGCGGAUGCCGCCAUGUCAGAUGCGACGUCAGAAGCAGUGGAACCCAGUCCCGCAAGACCCACUCGCAGACGACGUACGAGAUCGAUGACGAGAUCGCCGUCACCAGAAGCCAAGAGACUCGUAACGGAACAGGUUUUGGAGCCGUUGCGUGAGGAGGAAACAGAGCCAACACCUGCAGCAGCCACCGAAAGCCAAGAAGAGAGCAAGGAAGAAGAGCCGGCGGCACCAAUGGAAGUGGAUAGUGCUGUGCCAGAAGCUGUUGCACCUCCAAGUGACGAUGCAGCUCCAACAACUACCGACACAAACACUCAGGAAUCACACGAACAAAAGGAACCUGAAACGCAGGAAACGGAAGACGAGAACAAAGGACAAAAAAGAAGUCGCGAAAACAGCAAAUCCCCCUCGAGAAAACGAUCGAGUUCCGUUGAGCCGCAUUCGAAUGACUUUACAAAUGACGAAGACGAGCCAGAAAUCGACGACAGUAAAUUUUUGUUGAGUUGGUUCGACUCUGAUUUGCAUUUAAAAAUCGAUCAAACAGACUUUUUGCAUGCAAAACCAAUUUCGGAUGCAGGACUUAACUUAGUUUGGGCAGGUGCUCGUGCCAAUCAUGGUGUCAAAAGUGGAAAAGUGGCGUACGAAGUAUAUUUGUCCAACUACAAUCGUGUGAAUCACAGCCAAGAAGACCGACGUAUCCAUGAGUUCCGUUGUGGAUGGUCUGUGGGCGAUACGAGUCUCCAACUUGGCGAGUGCCCGUUAUCGUUUGGCUUCGAUUCGAAUGGUAAAAAGUGUACAGACUCCAAAUUCGAGGAUUAUGGUAAACGGUACAGCUUGUUUGAUGUCGUUGGCGUAUAUUUGGACUUGGAUAGCUCUCCAUGCACGAUCGAAUACACUAUUAAUGGGGAAACUCAGGGAAAAGCCUUCGAGUUCGAAAAGGAAUCUUUAGAAGGCAAAGCACUCUUUCCUCAUAUAAGCACCAAAAACAUCGGGUAUAAAGUUAACUUCGGUCAAGUCUUACCAACGCUUUAUAGUUCUGUACCAAACAAACCAAAGGAUAACCGACGAGACCGUAACUCAAACAGACGUCCAAAUGACAACAACAAGAACAAAAAUGAGGAUUCAAAUAAAAAAGAGUCGGAACCAUCGAAGGACACACAAGAAAACACGUCAGAAAAUCAAGAAGAAAACCAAGAGCAAGCAACGGAAAACAACGGCGAACAACAGCAAAAUACUGAAAACACCGAAGAAAAUGCUACUCAAGAAACAAACGAAGAACAACCGUCAACGGAGGAAAAUCAAGGCGAAGCAAAAACAGCUGAAGAAUCUGACAAAACGGCUGAAAAUGCCGAAAAUAAACCAACUGAAGAGGAAGAGAAACCCGGUAGCAAGGAACUUCUUCCCGGCUACAUUUUCAUCGAUCAAUCACCUGCUGACGCACUUGAAGAUGGACCCAAACGUCCAGAAUCACGAAAAGACUGCGAGGUGAUUCUCAUGAUUGGCUUGCCAGGCACCGGUAAAACUUUCUACGCGCGUAACUGGGUCAAGGAACAUCCAGAAAAACGAUACAAUGCCUUUGGUGUACAAUUUUUACUUGAAAAGAUGAAGAUUUCUGGAGAAGCACGAAAACCAAGUCAGUCUUAUCGUUGGUCACAAAUUGUCGAGUCUCUCUCACGAAGCUUGAAUAUUUUACUAAACAUUGCAUGCAGACGACGAAGAAAUUACAUUUUUGAUCAGCCGAAUGUUUACGCUAAUUUGCAAAGAAGGAAAAUGAGCCGGUUCGGAGACUUCCACAGAAAAGCCGUUAUUGUAUUCCCAGAUGAAGAAACACACAAAGAACGUGCAGCAAAGCGUCUUGAAGAGCAAGGCAAGGAAUAUUCGCCCAUCAAUGAGGAAGAAAUGAGAUCGAAAUUAUCGUUACCUGUUCUCGAGCACACCUGGUUCAACGAGAUUGUGUACACGGAAUUGCCGGAAGAGAAAGCCCGCGAAAUUGUAGUUAAGAUAAAUGAAGAUGGACAAGCGGCCCGCAAGAAGCGCAAGGAAGGUCGUGAUGACAGAUCUCGCCAACGAUAUCAAAAAUUCCAAGACAAUCGACGGGAUCCAUGGCGCCCACAGGGUGGACGAGGUCCCGCUGGUGCCUGGGACCGACGACCUGGAGAGGGCUACGGCUAUGGAAGACCCGAUCGUUUCCGUGAUCAAUGGGGCAAUCAAAAUAACUGGGUUCGUGGUGGCCAGGGAUAUCAGUAA